AUGGCAGCCGAGGAGACGGGCUACGGCCUGGCGGAGGAGCAGAAGGCCACCGACGAGAGGGACUACAACCUGACGGAGGAGCAGAAGGCCGUCAAAGCCAAAUACCCGCCGCUCAACAAGAAAUACGAAUAUUUGGAUCACACGGCAGACGUGCAGCUCCACGCCUGGGGAGACACUCUGGAAGAGGCAUUUGAGCAGUGCGUUAUGGCCAUGUUUGGCUACAUGACCGAUACCGAGACCGUGGAGCCUGUGGAUACAGUGGAGGUAGAGGCAGAAGGCCACGACAUGUUGUCUCUCCUCUUCCACUUCUUGGACGAGUGGCUGUAUAAAUUCAGUGCUAACGACUUCUUUAUACCCAGGGAGGUUUAAGUGCUUUACAUCGACCGAAUGAGGUUCAAAAUCAGAUCAAUUGGGUGGGGAGAAGAGUUCUCUUUACCCAAACACCCCCAGGGCACGGAGGUCAAGGCCAUAACGUACUCGGCAAUGCAGAUCUGCGAAGAGGAGAAGCCCGAAGUCUUUGUCAUCAUUGACAUUUAA